AUCUUUUGCAGGUCGUUGGCGGGAGCCCUGAGCCGCUUCCUCCGCGAGAGGGCGUCAGCGAGGAGGCAGCAGACGCGCGCCACCUGGUCCCGCGAGAGGUGCACAAACCACGCCUGGUCGAGGCCGCCGCACCAGUACCACCAGACGGAGAAGUCGGGUCAAACUUCUACACUCUUCUCCACAAUUUAAGGAUAAGAUAUUUUUCAUAGAAUUGUCUAGAAUAUCUAAAUAAAAUAAAUCAAAGAUACUUCUAGGACUAGAUAUUUUCAUGGAAGAGUGUAGAAUUUAAAUCAAGGGCUAUGAUUUUGCCACAUGUCAAUAAUCCAAUGGUCUUGUAACCCUAUAAAUAGAUACCCCCUCUCUUGCAAUGCUAUCCGUCCAAGAGUAUGGUAGAUGAGUGCCAGAUAGAUAGCUAGGUGAGAGCAUGAGAGGGUGAGUGCUAGGUAGCCACUAAAGAGUGUCUUGUGUAAUACUAUUGUGUUGUAAUAAAGCAAGUGUUUUGUAAGUGUUAGUCUCCCAGUUUCUAAGUACUUAGUGUAUAAGUUGUGACCUACCGUAGGUUGGCUCUGCCACCCGAGAUCACAUAAGGUCUGGGCUUCAUCGUAGGAAGGCUCUGCCUCCCGGAAGCCAGCUUCAUCUAUUGGUAGGCUCUGCCACCUGGAAGCGAGAAAGCGGCUCUACCACUGAAAGGACCUAUACACUAAGUAUCUAGAAAUUGAAUAGACUAACCGACUCUAGAGUAAGUUGUUGUGUCCUAGGUGUAGGUUCUUAGCUUAGUGGGUAUUAGGACUACCUCGGUUUCCAACAAAGAACUGGUUUGCAGAUGGAGUGCUCCAGAUGCAUGAGCUCCCGAUUCAGGGGAUGCACUUCUAGAGUAUGGAAUUGAGGGUCUUAAGAUGGUAUGGUUAUUACAGCUUCCCCUUGCGGAUCACCAUGGCACAAAUUUGGUUUGCCUUGCAUAUCGUUGGUUUGACAGAGUACGGGAGAUUUAUGGCAUAUGACCUCAUAGAUGAGGAAGCAACACGUCUGUGGGUCUUCCAUCCCAACAUAUUGGGAGAGCUCUGUGUGUUGGUGAACUUAGAGGCAAAGCUAGAUUAGAAUCAACCCUGGUGCACUUCUCAUUAUAUAGAAGGCAAUUAAUGUAAUUUAUAUGGUAAAAUUGAGCAAACGAGUAGAAACUUUCUUCUUUACCAUGGUGCACGUGCACCAGGUAAACAUAAGGUAGCUUCGCCCCUGGGUGAACUGGGGUCCUGGUGGCGUGGCAGUUGUUUACAAGAGACAGGGGUGAUUGGGGUUAGUAGAGGGAGGAUCUACAGUUCUCUGGAUGGCCUCAGAUCCUAUGUCCUAGGAUGUCGCUGCCACGAUAUGCGUACUGUACCUUCAUAUUGGCCUGUCCCAUUAUGGAUCAAUCUAGAGUUUCUCAAUCCUAUCUCUGUGGAGGAUACUUUGGUGAAGGUCAUUGCAGAGGACUUUGAUGAUCCAGAUGCUGAGAAUGAGACACUUGAUGCAGAUGCUGAGGAUAAGGCCCCCAAUGCAGAUGCGAUCGGCCAGGUGGAUAAGCUUUCAGCGUCAGCUCCAAUGCCUGCAGGAGUGAGUUCCGUGGAUCAUGCUACUACUACAGGGCUUGAGAGAGUAACGAUGGUUCCGAAAGCUGUUCCAGGUCCACUUCUGGAGAGACUUCUUAGGAGAACUCUGCUCAAUCUGAACUCUGGCUUUGACUGAUGGGGAGGAGGGAGGAGGAUGUCUUCAACACUAGCAUCACUAUCAUCAUUAUCUCCUGUUUCAUUCAUUUGGCUGGCCCAUUCAGAUUCUAUCCUAUAAUACUGCCUGUAUAAGUCUACAUUAGAGAGUAGGUGUUGUCGUGAGAUUGAGACCGUUUAGGUGGAUGUGUGUAUAUCAUAUCCGCAUGUUGUAUAAUGACAAGGAGGGGUGCUUGAGUCUGACGAUGACAAAUUGAGUGAAACAUGACAGAUUUGAGGUUUUUGAUUUCUU